GGGUUUGAAGUUGUAAGAAGCAGUGAGAUCAGAGAGCAAGAGAGAAAGAGAGACAAUGGCGUCAGGCUGGGGAAUUACAGGCAACAAAGGUCGGUGCUACGAUUUCUGGAUGGAUUUCAGCGAAUGCAUGUCUCGCUGCCGAGAACCCACGGAUUGUGGUCUUCUCCGUGAAGAUUACCUCGAGUGCCUCCACCAUUCCAAAGAGGUAUUUUCCCUAAUCCUCCCCUCUUUUUAAUUCCCCUUUCGUUUAUCGCAUCCACGAACUUC